GAUCGGUUACUUACAUUUAUGUGUUAACAAACUCAAGUUUAAAACAAAUUAUUAAUGAUACGUUACGUUUUUCUAGUAUUAUGAAAUUCGAAAAAGCCAGCUUCCUCAGUUUCAAAAAUUAUUGGAAUUUUGAAUUUGCAAAUAAACCACAUAAUCAUCAUACAAGAGCCAGAGAAAAAUUAUCAGUGGACUGUGAUGAUCACUUGAUAAUGUCGUCAAGGUCGGAUUGUCGCGUGGCCUUACGAAGAUGCCUAGCCAUCAUCGUGCGCAAGGAAGGCUGUCAAGGGGAUCCAGGUGACUUCUGGAUGUACGAGAGCGGAUAUUUACUAUUUCAGGGUCUUUUAUCAGCCAAUUCCGUAUGCUGGUGGAACAGCGCCUUAAAUGGCGCCACCAAGAAUUUGGUGUACCGGGGUUACGUGAACCCCGGGGCAAUUCUUGUCGCAUCAGAGCCUUGCGCUUUGGAGAUCCUCCGUGGGGCUUGGGCCAGGAGAGUCCUUCAACCUCCAGCUGGAUAUCAAAUCGUCAGUUUAGAGGAUAUCGAAGAUAGCGUGAUAAGUAAUGUGCCUCAGACUCAAUGGACUCCACUACCGGAAGCAAUCUGUGCGGUUGUAUUAAGGCUUUCCAGCCAGGGUCGACCAGCUGGAAUCCCGACCAUCCGAGAAGCCCUCAUCAUGGCAUUCCCUCACGUCUCGCCACCGAGCGAACGAGUCAUAUACGACACCCUCGUUCAACUCACCUCAGAGCGAAAACUGUAUCACAGUUCAAGAGGAUACUUUAUCGUCACGCCAGAGCGUAGACGAUCACGAAGCCAUUCCAGGGGUCGCAGAAGGAACGAAGAAAACUGCAGUAAAACUAUGCUAAUGUCAACGGAGGAAGCGCUCGUUCUGGUUCACGGAGAUAUGGCUACAAUAAGAGACGGAGAUGUAACUCAUCAGUGUAUUCAAACCAAUUUGGCGGAUGUUAUUUGCGGAGGAAAUACAAGCGAUAAAAUAAUGUACGCUCGCAAUAACAAGCGUCGUUCAGCCUCUUUCCCGUCACCGAAGAGUCCCGAUAGACGAGGUUCUUUCAGACUUUGGGGCUCUAGUCGACGCUUAAGAAGGUCGGCUUCCACAAGGACACUGGCUAGACACUACGCGGAUAGCAGCAGUAGCACGGAAUAUCCCAACAGCAGUGACUCCACACACACUCCAACCCCAAAGAAGGAAUCGCUGCUAUCGAGAAUAUUCAGACGAUCCAAACGCUCCCAGUGCCAAAUAAGCAGCUUCAGCGCCCAAUUCCCACCCACCGAAUGGUUCAAUUCCAAAGCUAUUCACCUACACAACGUUGGCACUCAAACAUCCACAGCGGACGAGGAUUCCACAUUAUCUUUGCCAUAUUACUACAUGAAUUCAGAAACGAAUUCCUCGAAAUCAGCUACGCUACCUCGUAGACAUAGAAGGCAACUGUCCAAUGAUUCUACUUACGUCACUUCUUACAUAGAAUCCCGCGAUCAGUCGCCCAGUCUAAGAUACGGUUCGCCUUCAUCCAGUACGUUGCCCAGAAACCCAAAUCGAAGUCCGCUACAUUCAAUGAAAAGUCGAGAAAGCUCAAGGAAAACGAGUCGCAGCAGUCUAACUAAAGUUUGUCCAGCAAACGACGACAUCGAUGAAGAAGAAGUGAAAUCGCUAGAAACGAAACCGAUACAGUGCACCAAGAAACAAUUCGAUGCUAAUUUUAAGGACUCGAAGGCUUCCAGUUUGGAAUCAUUGAAGACUAGUCAACGAGGCGACACCAAGCGCUCCUUUGCCGAUGAUUCAUCAACUAAAACUUUGGUUAAUCUUGAUAACAGCGGACCGUCCAGCAUAGAAUCUCACAAGAGCAGCAAGACUGGAAGCUCUGCGACCAGUGGACCUUCCAGCUUAGAGUCCCACAAAACCGUAAUAUCUCGCAAUCCGACGCAAGUCCAACAAGCUGAAAGCAAAGUGAAACGGUCUCCAAAACGGAGAGACAAAGACGUAAAGCAAAAGUCCGAAGUUAAAUCUUCAGUUUCACACAGCAAUUCGUUCACCCUUCAAGUAACAACUAAUCAAAACGGCACAUCUUAUCCAAAUUCUUCGAACAACGCCACAACAACAACCACUAUUAAUAGCGGUAACGGAGCCAACACCAAGAUUUUCGUGCAAAAUUCGCCUGUGCGUUCAGUAAUAACGUUCGAGAAUGGACAACACGCAGACCCGAAUUUGGUCAUUAUAAAUGGAUCCGAUCCAAUUCUUGAGCCCACCAGAUACCAAAUUAAUCCAAAAGCGGGUGACGUGUGGUCUAAAAAUACCAACACCACAAACAACGAAAGCAGUUUAAACAAUUCAAUAACCAACAUCGAAGCAAAGCCGGAUGAUAAAAACGAGCAAAUGAACAACAGCCGAAAACUUUCCCUCCAGAUGCCAUCACGAGAUCUGAACUAUAAAAACUUCCUCAAAAACGUGCCCUCGACCUCUCACGAUCAAUUCCAAUCAAACUCCAAUCCUGACUCGCCCAUUAACAAUAGCUUCAAGGAAUUCAAAAGAAACAGUUUCUGCGAGAAACCGUUCGAAUCAAUUGGUGGAAGCGCCGGUAACGUUUACAAACAACUCGCCGAUUCUAAAACGUCAUUGGAUAAAUCGUAUCAAUCUAUUUUGGAUAAAAAUAUAUUGGGUUCGGAGCCGAACAUUAGCGUUAAAGAUCAGGACCUCAAGACACUGACCAGACAAAACAGCCAUCAUCAGUUUCCCAGUUUAAGCGAUUUGAGCUUCAAUUUUACCAGUCUGGCUGCACAAAAGAUAUUGAAAGGAGUUAGCAUUAACAGUAUUGAUACUUUGGUUGAACUUAACAUGGCAGCAACUACCGAGAAGCAAAAUAAUUGUGAUAUAGUACACACCGAUUUUGGUUUGGUAUGAAUAUGCAUUAGUGAAGGAAGGAGUACUUUUUCCUACUUUUUUUAAUCUAAAAGUUGGCGUUAAGUACUUAGAUUCUUGACAUAUUAAUAAAAA